CCUGUUUGCUGCAUCUGCCCUCUGCGUGCUGCGUGUUGCGUGUCCGGGUUGCAUGUUAGGGUGCGUGUUUUCAUGUUGGACAGACCCACAGGGGACUUGGCCGCCGGGCCGCCUAGGGUGCUCCCUGAAACCGCUGCUGCGUAAAGGCAAAUCUUACCCUUAAUCACGUUUCCAGUCUUUCGUGCUUUUCGCCUUCUCCCCAACGCUCCCGGCCUUCUUCACUGCUGCCAAAGGCAUUCGCAGAAGAUCCUCUUCUAAAAUCGUUCACCUCCCGCUCGGCUCGUGUGUGACCAUGCGUCUCUUGGCUGUUGCGUUGCUGGUGUUGUGGGGGGUCGCCAUGGGUCGGCCUGCCGACAAGGGGGUGCCCAGACCCGAGAUCACAGAGGAGGGACAACAACCGCGCGAGCUGAUGCCUUUCACAAGCUGGUGAGGCGUUGGGAGAAGGGGGAGGGAGGGGAGGCAGAGAUAGACACACGCGCUGCCUGCGGGCGUGGCGCUAAUGGCCUUCUGUCUGUGUUGCUGUCCUUUAUGUGGUGUCGGCGCAGGCGUGCCUAUGAGGGAUGCUUCUGUGGCUGCCCGGGCUUCGGUGCGCACAAAGCACAGGCAGAUCCACACACACCAUCAGACUUCACUGCCUGUUUGUCUCUUGUCCAUAUAUCUGUGUGCAGGGAUCAAGGCCAACGAGGCCCUCGAGGCUCGGUGCGAGGCCGCAGGCAUCUCUCGUGACUCGGUGGAGGCCUACCGUCGGCUACCCCUGCCCGCUGAGUUGGACCAGAACCCCUUUGAACCUCCUCCGGCCGGUGUCAGGAACCCUCUGCCCGACCAGUCAAGACCCUGAUCGAUGCAUCACAAAGACACCACUGGCUGGGUGGUCAAG